AUGUUAUCAUAUUAUGUCAAAGUUGUUAAUAAUUAUGUCAAUGUGAUAUUUUAUUGUUUUCUAUUUUUAAUUUAUUUUACAAUAUCAAUUAAAGCAAUUGACAAUAAAUUAAAUUAUUCAGUCCAAAAUUUACAAUGCAAUGAAAAAGAAUUUAAAUUAUUUUUAAACUUUAGCUCAAAUUUUGAUGGAGUUAUUUUUGGAAAAGACUAUUUUCAAGAUAAAAAAUGUAAAUGGUAUAACAAUAAAAAUAAAAUAGAAAUUUCCAUUGAUACAACGAUGUGUGGUAUAAAAAAAAUUGGUGAUGAAUAUGAAUUUUCAAUAAUAAUAUCACCUGAAAAAAAUAUUAUUGUUGAGGGUGCAAAAGAAGUUUUAUUAAAAUGCCUACCAACAGAAAAUUUUAAAAAUAUACCAGAAAAUGAUGAGGUAGAUGAAAUUGUUAUAUCAUUAGACUCCAGUCAAAAUAUUUCCAGUAAACUAAAAUUUACCCCUAUUACUCCAUCAACAUUGACAGGAAAUGGUUAUGCUACAAAAGUUUCUCUUCAAAUUUUAAGACAACAUGACAUGAAAGGAUCCCUGGCAAAAGAUGCUAAAAUAGGAGAACCAUUAACAAUGAAUGUUCAUUUAGAAGAUACAAAAUUAUAUAAUAUAAUGUUGUCUGAUUGUUAUGCUCAUGAUGGUAAAGGAAAUGACAAAGCAAUCUUAAAAAUAAUAGAUUCUCAAGGUUGUAGUGUACCUCUGGCAAGAGCUGUUAAAGAAAAUGUUACAACUCAAAUAAUUAAUGGAAAUGAAAAAAAUAUAUUUAUUAAUAUUUAUGGUUUUCAAUUCACCUCAAAUAAUAAUGUUUAUUUUGAAUGUAAAGUUAAAACAUGUAUUCAACCUUGUUUUGUUAAACAAUGUGAGAAUAAUACCAAAACUAUAUCAAAAGAAGAAAAAAAUGAAAAAGAAUUUACCAAUAUUAUUGUUAAAUAUAUGUUGGAAAUAAAACCAUAA